CGUCGCGUCGUUUGUUCUGUGGCUUUGACGCCGCUGCCGUUAGUUGAAGUUCAUGCGUCGCUGACGACGAGCGCGUCUGCAACGGUGACAAAAGCGCUAAAAUACAAAAGAAAAAAACCAAACGAAAACAAAUUCAAUAAAAAUACCCACGCCUCUCUAAUGAUCUUGACAAAAAAUACAUAAAACGCAAAUUAUUACGAAAUAUUUAGAAAAAAGCUAAUAGAAAAAUCAAUGGAAUUUUAAAGUUUUCGUGGACCGGAAGAGCAUUCGUAAACAAAGUAUCCACACUUCAUGUAUAUGAAACGAAAAGAAAAGUGAAAUAAAAAACCAAAGUAAACACAAACUAAACAAACAAAUAAACACAAAAACAUACAUAAAUAUACUUCUUUCAACUAAAGCGAAAUUAUACUUAAACAAUUCUGCAAAAAAACUAUAUAUAUAGUAAAAGACACGUAGACACGCUGGGGACGGGCUGGAGUACGCCUAAUGAAGCACUCGCAGCGAGAACGACGACGACAACAACGACAACAUAAAUGAUGAUGAUAAUAAUGAUGACAAUAAUGAUGCGAGUGAUGACAAAAGAUGGUUGGAGAAUGACAAGCGCCCACUAAUUAUGAUAAAUGCAAUGUAGAUAAUAAGCAAAACCCCAAAGAACCAAAAGCUCAAAGCAAGUGAAACACACACAAACACACACGUGCACCCCACAAAGAACUCCCGCGUGGAACAGAAGCAGCAAAAGAAGAGCCAACAACAAUGUCAAAAUAUCAAAAACUUGACAACGCGUUGGCACCCACAAUGCACGAUGACGAUUACGAUGAGAGUUUUUUACUCUAUGGGGAUGAGAAGCAGCAGCAGCAGCAGCAUCCCAAUCCUAGCAGCAAUCAUAUAAGACUGAACAGCACUCACAUGCCAAAUGGUAAUCCCAAAUAUCACUAUUCCAACAACAACAACAACAGCAGCAGCAGCAGCAACAACAACAACAACAACAACACCAACACCAAUCUGAAUCCAACGAGAGGCAGCAGAGCCGAAGCUUUGGAUCUGGAUGAGCACACGUGGGAGGUGCCGCUGUUACGCAGCGGCGGCGGCAGCAGCAGCAAUAAUAGUCACCUGAAUUUGGCAAGUUUUUCAUUCAUAUUACAGCUGGAUACGAGCAUCGACACUUUCGUCGCCUGUCGCAGCGCGCAGCCGGGCUUCGGCGCGAACCUUAAAAGCAAAUCGGCGCAGGAGGCGAAAUUUAAAAUUCUGCUCGCAAUUUCGCUCUGUUGCAUAUUCAUGAUUAUUGAAUUCCUUGGCGGCUAUAUAGCAGGAAGUCUGGCCAUUAUGGCCGAUGCAGCACAUUUGGCAUCUGAUUGCAUUAGUUUCGUCAUCGGCCUGGUCGCCAUCUGGUUAGGCGGGCGACCGCCAGAUGCACGCAUGUCCUUCGGUUACAAACGUUUUGAGGUUGUCGGCGCCUUGAUCUCCAUUCUGGGCAUUUGGCUGCUGACAGCAAUGCUCGUCAUUGUUGCCAUCGAUCGCAUCUAUUCGCAGCAAUUCGAGCUGGAUGUUAAUGUCAUGAUGUGGAUAUCGGCCAUUGGCAUUGUCAUCAAUAUUAUCAUGAUGUUCGUAUUGCAUGGCUCCUGGUUUAUGGGGCCCAAUGGCCAUGGCCACAGCCACAGUCACGGUCAUAGCCACAGUCACAGUCACAGUCAUAGUCACAGUCACAAUCACAGCCACAAUCACAGUCACAGUCACAGUGAUGGGCAUAAUCACGCCCACGAAACAAUUGGAAGCCCCAGGGAGGACGUUGUCAUAACAAAUGGCUUAAAGUCAAGCCAGCAAAACCGGUCCACUGAACGCAAUCUAAAUCUGCGAGCUGCGAUGAUUCAUGUGAUUGGGGAUCUGGUGCAGAGCAUCGGCGUCUUUCUGGCGGCCAUACUAAUCAAAUUCUAUCCGGGCGCCAAGUUUGUGGAUCCAUUGUGUACGCUGCUCUUCUCCAUAAUUGUGAUUAUGACCACGGUGCAGCUGUUUCGGGAAUCUGUUAGCGUGCUCUUGGAUGCGGUGCCGCGGAAUGUGUGUCUGUCCACGCUACAGCACGAGCUGUCCGGCAUCGAGGGUGUCAAAUCGGUGCAUCAUGUGAAUGUCUGGCAGCAUACGAGCGAGCACAAUGUGCUGAUGGCUCAUCUGGUUGUGGAUGGGCUAUGCGAUGCGAAUGUUGUGCUGGAGCUGGCAACGCAAUUGGCCUGCGGCAGCAAAUACCAUAUCAAACAUGCGACCAUCCAAAUCGAGCGUUUGACUGAGUAAUUCAUGAAAUUAGCCAUAGCUUAAUUAGGUUUUAUUAUAGCCCCCAGGCGUAAGCGACAACAACAGCAAUUUAUAGUCGUCUGGCGCGGCAUUCAUUCAUGUGAUCCUAUUUGUAUUGAACGAAAGAUAGCGCAGAAUUCUAACUAAAUCUUUUUAUAUCU